CCUCUCGGAUCUCAAGGCCAGGGGGGAAGGCAAGGAGAAAAGGGAUCUAAGGGAGAAGCCGGAGCAGAGGGACCUGUUGGGAAAACAGGACCUGUGGGAUCUCAGGGCCCCCCUGGAAAACCUGGUGCUGAGGGUCUGCGUGGAAUCCCUGGCCCCGUUGGUGAGCAAGGACUGCCUGGUGCAUCUGGUCAAGAUGGCCCUCCCGGUCCUAUCGGACCGCCUGGACUUCCUGGCAUGAAAGGUGACUCUGGAUCCAAAGGAGAAAAGGGUCAUCCUGGUCUGAUUGGUCUGAUUGGACCCCCGGGUGAACCGGGAGAGAAGGGAGACAGAGGUCUACCCGGACCCCAGGGUGCUGGAGGUGGCAAGGGAGAACCUGGUAUCGGUGGAGCACACGGCCCACUCGGGCCUCCUGGUCCACCAGGACUUCCUGGUGCGCAAGGACAGAAAGGAUCUAAGGGAUCAGUCGGUACAACUGGUCAGAAGGGAGAUCCUGGACUCAUAGGGCCACCUGGACCACCUGGUCCACCUGGUGACAUGAUCCAGCCGCUGCCCAUUCAGCAGCCUGGCAAAAAGAGCAGGCGGCAGGCUGAAACGCAAGGAGAUGAGGCUUUGACGGAUUACGGCAUGGAGGGAAUGGACGACGUCUUCGGAUCCCUCAACAACCUCAAACAGGACAUCGAGCGCAUGAAGUUCCCCAUGGGCACCCAGGACAAUCCCGCCAGGACCUGCAAUGACCUGCACCUCAGCCAGCCCGAUUUCCCCGACGGUGAAUACUGGAUUGAUCCGAACCAGGGCUGCAUCGGAGACGCCAUCAAAGUGUUCUGUAACUUCACAGCAGGUGGAGAAACAUGCAUUUACCCAGACAAGAAAUCAACAGGAGUUAGAAUAUCCAACUGGCCUAAGGAAUCACCAGGUUCAUGGUUUAGUGAAUUCAAGCGUGGCAAAAUUCUGAGCUACGUGGACGGUGGUGACAACAGCAUCAACGCUGUUCAGAUGACCUUCCUGAAGCUGCUGAGCUCCUCGGCGCGGCAGAACUUCACCUACAUUUGCCAUCAGUCGGUGGCCUGGUACGACUCCAAGGCCGACAACUACGACAGAGCGCUGCGCUUCCUGGGCUCCAACGACGAGGAAAUGUCUUAUGACAAUAAUCCCUUCAUCAAGUCGCUGAUGGAUGGCUGCUCGAUGAAGCAGGGUUAUUCAAGGACAGUGCUGGAAAUUAACACACCUCGCAUCGACCAGUUACCCAUCAUUGAUGUAAUGCUGAAUGACUUUGGGGAAUCCAACCAGAGGUUCGGCUUCGAGGUCGGCUCCGUGUGUUUCCUCGGCUAGACACGCCCGUCUUCCCCCCCCCCGCCCCGCUGAAGGACAGGGUCAGAGAGUCAACAGUAACACCCACAUGAAGAGAGCCUCCCUCUCAGCCACCACCUACCGUCUCCUACGAAGUAAAAUCCCAUUUUCCGUUAUUGUAAAGAAGGUCCGACUAGCUGGGAGAAGAAGAAAAGCACGCUUUGACCCUGCCUUAAAAGCGCUGAUCAGGGGAAACUCCUCCUUGCCCUCGUAGGGCCAGAAUCACGUGACUUUAACUUGUAAUGAGAGUGACAUCAGGAAAAGGACUUUUGAUGCCGUGGUGGACAGUGGCAUACUUUCAGCAUUAAAGAGAGGAUCCACUCGCCCCAAACUUCGCCCUCCCAUCCCCCGGUCCUCUCUGCAUGCUCCAAGUGAUGCUCUGAAUUAUACCACAGAGGUGCUUUUGUGCAGAAUCGCAAAACACUAAAGGUGCUACAAACAGUGCAUUUGAUAAAACUGUAAUUAAUAAUAUUUGAAUUUUGUACAUUACUGUUCCUCUCUGAAUCCACUCUUAACAACUUGCAUGUGCUUCUUUGGUUUUAAAGAAAUAUUUGGUCAACUUUGUUAGAAUAAAUUUUGUUAGGAUAUUUAAAGUUUCUUAGAAUCUGUCUGAAAACAUCUACGACAUACAUUUGACUAAAGCUUCAAUUUGUAAGUAUGAAUCAGUCCUCUUGUAAAUAACAUGAUUCUUGUCCUCUUUCGUGAGCUUAGAAAUUAACUGGAACAUAACAUCUAACCAAAAAAUAAAUAAAUAAAUUUCCCAGUAGGAAAUUAAGCCAUAAUAAAAUGAGGUUAUAAUAUAAAUAUUCUAAAAAAGGGCUUAUUCUUCCAGCUGUUAUACCUCAGUUUCCUUAAAAAAUCUGAACGUUAGACAGUCAAGUUUAUAUUUUCUGUGGUUUAUAACUAAUAAAACUAUUUUUUUUUUUGUGUGUGUGUGUGUGGGAAAGGUAUGUCUAGUUGUUUUCAUUCAAUCCCAAAGACGUCUUGUGGAUAUUUCCUUUGUAACAAUGAACAAAAUGUUUUCAUGUGCCUUAAAUUGUUCAUUUAAGAAAUACAUUAAAAUUGGGCUCUGAAAAACAUUGGACUGAACAUUUGUGUUGUUGGCUGUUUGACUACAGAAACAAGUAAUGUUCGCUUUUUGUGAUUCUGUGCCACAAGACUAAUAUCUCCAUCCUUUGUCCCGAUAGACAAAGAAAGAUAAGUGAUUCUUUGUGUUUGGGCUCAUUUUACCCACUCUUUUUCUUUUUUUUUUCUUUACCUCUCUCUCUGACUCAGAUUUGACCUCGAUCAAGAUCUGUUUGCAUCGCCACUUUCUUGGCUUAAAAGCUCUGGCAACAAAUACUUCAGAGCCACUUUCUAAAAACCUGUGUAAUUACAGUAUGUCUUCAACCUAUGUACAACUGCAAUAAAUGUUUGGUGCUUUGUGCGCAUU